CGCGGCUCCAAUCCUGUCUGUCGCGUGGCCAUUAAAAGCCUUCCCCCUGCUCCGCUCGUCUCUUCCGGAACCGUCCCUCGCUCGCCUUCGCCACGCAAUUCCGAUCCACGCUGCGCGCGGGCCAGUUGUGACGACUGCGAAACUCGUCAAAGAGAGAGAGAGGCGGGCGGCGAUCGGAGAUGGCGCCGGAGAAGCCCCGGAAGGAGCAGGAGCAGGAGAAGGAAGAGGAGGAGAUGUUGCUGGAGGAUGGAGGCAUCGAGGAGAGCCCGCGCCGCAGCUUCGAGGACUGCGGCGAUUCCGAGGAGGACCGCGGGGAGGACGAUGACGACGAUGACGAGGAGCGGCACCGCGACGGCGACGGCGUCGGUUCGCCGCGCUCCUUCCAGUCUCAAAAGUGGCCGCAGAGCUACAGGGAAACAACUGACACCUACACAAUCGCUGCAUCACCGAGCUUUGGUUACUUGGGCCCUUCUACAAGCAAAUACUCACUCCUUGAUCUUGGUCGUAGUGGUCUGGGCUCUGACCUGAAGUUGCCUCUAGUAUCGGACAAGGCUGAUGGAAAGCAAGAUUCUGUCAAAAACUUGCCGAAAACCCUUAGUUCAAUAAGAGAUGAGAGAGUCUCAUUUCAAUUGCAACACACGGGAGAAAUCUACAUUAGUCAAGGGUGCAGUGUGACACAAACAGUCUUCAACGGGAUUAAUGUACUUGCUGGUGUUGGCCUUCUUUCCACCCCGUUUACAAUUCAUGAAGCUGGAUGGACUGGCCUUGCAGUUCUAGCAUGUUUUGCCAUCGUUUGCUGUUAUACUGGAAUUCUUCUGAAACAUUGUUUUGAGAGCAAAGAUGGUAUCUCAAGUUAUCCAGACAUUGGGGAGGCUGCAUUCGGAAGAAUUGGCCGACUGUUGAUAUCUAUUAUUUUGUACACCGAGCUAUAUACAUAUUGUGUGGAAUUCAUUAUUUUGGAGGGCGAUAACCUCACAUCAAUUUUUCCUAAAGCUGGUUUUGAUUGGCUUGGGAUUCAUGUUGAUGGGAAGCAUUUUUUCGGAGUGAUAACUGCUAUUUUAGUCUUGCCAACAGUAUGGCUGCGAGAUCUUCGAGUGCUCUCAUACCUUUCAGCGGGUGGUGUGUUUGCAACUCUUCUCGUAUUCCUGUCCGUUGGUUUAGUCGGUGCUACUGAUGGUAUUGGCUUCCAUUCAACUGGGAAGGUAGUAAACUGGAGUGGCAUGCCCUUUGCCAUUGGUAUUUAUGGAUUUUGCUACUCCGGGCAUUCAGUAUUUCCAAAUAUCUACCAGUCAAUGUCUGAUCGCUCCAAGUUCCCUAAGGCACUGUUCAUAUGUUUCGCAAUUUGCACAGCAAUGUAUGGCUCUUUUGCUGUCAUUGGCUUUCUCAUGUUUGGAGAGAACACUUUAUCACAAAUCACUUUAAACCUUCCAAAGCAUUCAGUUGCCUCAAAAGUUGCACUAUGGACCACGGUGAUCAACCCUUUCACCAAAUAUGCCUUGUUGUUAAACCCAUUAGCUCGAAGUUUAGAAGAGUUGCGUCCUGAAGGCUUUUUGAAUGAAACAUCAUGCUCUAUAAUACUGAGGACUGCCCUUGUUGCAUCAACUGUAUGCAUUGCGUUUCUUCUGCCGUUCUUUGGUCUUGUGAUGGCGCUCAUUGGAUCUCUUCUUAGUAUACUUGUGGCAGUCAUAAUGCCAGCCUUGUGCUUCCUGAAGAUCGCACAGAAUAAAGCAACUUGUUCACAGGUAAUUGCAAGCAUUGGUAUCAUAAUAUUGGGCGUCAUCAGUGCUGCCCUGGGGACCUAUUCGUCCGUGAAAAGGAUUGCAGAAAACUACUAAGCUCUUGGACAGUUUCUGUCUGCAGAGUCUACCACCCGAUUCCAAGGAUGGAACUCGAAAUGGUCAGGUUUCACUACGAUCAAAAUUUUGCUAGAACUACCGUGUUUCCUGUAGAUUAUUAUUACUAUUAUUAUUUGGACCACAAUAGUCUACUAAAAAACUGCAUAUCACUUGCAAUAAUGUAAUGUAAUCAUGCCCCCCUUUUAGCUGCGUCUCUUUCAUUUCGGUGUACUGUAGCAAGUUCCUGUGCUGCCGAAGAUCCUGCUUUUUACUACUUGAGGUAUCUAUACAUAUAAGCUUUAUCUGGGCUGUUGGAGUC